AAGGACUCUGAGGAAAAGAAGAAUUUUGAGAGAGAGAGAGAGAGAGGAGAGAUGGGGUUCAUUGUCGAAGGAGAGGACAGUGGCGACGUCGUUUUGGAGCCGCCUCCCAAUUUUUCGAUGGUGGAAGAAGGCAUUUUCAGAUCCAGUUUCCCUCAACCCUCCCAUUUCGCCUUCUUGGAAACCCUAAGCCUUCGAUCCGUCAUAUAUUUGUGUCCAGAGCCCUAUCCAGAGGAAAAUUUGGAAUUUAUUCGAUCCCAUAAUAUCCGGCUUUUCCAGUUCGGAAUUGAGGGGAAAACGGAGCCUUCUCUUGCUACACUCAGGGAUGCCAUCAGAGGAGCUCUCAAGAUCUUAAUUGAUGUGAGAAAUCAUCCUAUUUUGAUCCAUUGCAAACGGGGAAAGCAUCGUACGGGUAGCCUAGUUGGUUGCUUGAGGAAAUUGCAGAAUUGGUGCAUGCCAUCAGUAUUCGAGGAGUAUCAACAUUUUGCCGGAAUCAAAACCAGGAGUGCUGAUUUGAGAUUUAUAGAGACAUUUGACAUCAUAUGCCUGAGGCAGUGUCUUCACAGCAUCAUUUACCAGUACCAAGGAUAUGGUUCGAAGAAGAGGCGGUUGCUUUAUGGCGAAGAGAGUGUACAGAAACCUCAGAUUACUUCGAUUUAAAGAGAGGAUUCAUCGGCACGUCAACAGAAAGGAUUUCACACU